AUGGUGAGUACCGUCAUCAAGAUCGAUGGUCAAGAACCAAACGACCUUCUUGACGAUCUAUCGGCCCAAGAACAAACGAUGAGUACCGUCAUCAAGAUCGAUGGUGAAGAACCAACCGACCUUCUUCACGGUCUAUCGGCCCAAGAACAGACAAUGAAUACCAUCGCCAAGAUCGAUGGUCAACAACCAACCUACCUUCUUGACAAUCUAUCUGGCCAAGAGCAA